GGCGGGCGCGUUGGGCUGCGCGGCAGCGCUGAGGGUUUUCCUGCGCCGCCAUCUUGGCCGUGGCGCUGCGGAGGGAGGCGGGGGGCGGCCGAGCUGCCCGCCCGCCCGCUCGCCAUGGCAGCCACCGCCGCCAACCCGGAAAUGGCAUCAGAUGUUUCCUCUCUGGGUGCAGCCGUCAGCUCCGGGAACCCCGGCUCAGGGGCACAAGCUGGAGGAGCCAUCGUUCAGAGAGCCAGCAAGAGGCGCCCAGGGCUUGAUUUUGAUGAUGAUGGAGAAGGGAACAGUAAAUUCCUCAGAUGUGAUGAUGACCCGAUGCCAAAUGAUAAAGAGAGAUUUGCCAGGUCUGAUGAUGAGCAGAGUUCAGCGGAUAAGGAGAGACUUGCCAGGGAAAAUCACAGUGAGAUUGAACGUAGGCGAAGGAACAAGAUGACUGCCUACAUCACAGAGCUGUCGGACAUGGUGCCCACCUGCAGUGCCCUGGCCCGCAAGCCAGACAAGCUCACCAUCCUGCGCAUGGCUGUGUCUCACAUGAAGUCGCUGCGUGGCACGGGCAAUACCUCCACUGAUGGCACCUACAAACCCUCCUUUCUCACUGACCAGGAGCUCAAACACCUGAUCCUCGAGGCAGCUGAUGGCUUCCUGUUCAUAGUGUCCUGUGAGACUGGGAGGGUGGUGUACGUCUCUGACUCUGUGACUCCUGUGCUGAACCAGCCCCAGUCAGAGUGGUUUGGCAGCACCCUGUACGACCAGGUGCACCCAGACGACGUGGGCAAGCUGAGGGAACAGCUCUCCACCUCGGAGAACGCCCUGACAGAAGGAACCAAACCCUGGUGCCUUUCUAACAAGGAUCCUGCAGCCCCCCCCGAGAAUGCAUCUAAAGGUCGCAUCCUGGACUUGAAGACAGGGACUGUGAAGAAGGAGGGGCAGCAGUCCAUGAGGAUGUGCAUGGGCUCACGACGAUCCUUCAUCUGCAGAAUGAGGUGUGGCAACAGCUCGGUGGAUCCAGUCUCUGUAAAUCGUCUCAGCUUUAUGAGGAAUCGCUGCAGGAAUGGCUUAGGUGCAGCAAAAGACGGGGAGCCUCACUACGUGGUGGUGCACUGCACGGGUUACAUCAAGGCCUGGCCUCCUGCAGGUGUUUCCCUGCCCGAUGACGACCCCGACGCCGGCCAGGGCAGCAAGUUUUGCCUCGUGGCUAUCGGCAGGCUCCAGGUCACCAGCUCACCCAACUGCACAGACAUGAACAACGUUUGUCAGCCGACUGAGUUCAUCUCCCGGCACAACACCGAAGGCAUCUUCACCUUCAUCGAUCACCGCUGUGUGGCUACUGUUGGCUACCAGCCACAGGAACUUCUGGGGAAAGACAUUGUGGAUUUCUGCCACCCGGAAGAUCAGCAGCUCUUGCGGGACAGCUUCCAGCAGGUGGUGAAGUUAAAAGGCCAGGUUCUGUCAGUCAUGUUCCGAUUCCGAUCCAAAAACCGGGAAUGGCUCUGGAUGAGAACCAGCUCCUUUACCUUCCAGAACCCCUACUCGGAUGAGAUUGAGUACAUCAUCUGUACCAACACCAAUGUCAAGAGCUCAAGCCAGGAGUCUCGUCCUGCCCUGUCAAACUCAAUGCAGAGGCCCCAGCUGGGGCACAGUGUCAACCUUCCCCUGGAGAUGGGCACGGCACAGCUGCCCUCAAGGCAGCAGCAGCCACCACAGCAGACAGAGCUGGAAGUGGUCCCAGGGAGAGAGAGCCUGGCUGGCUACGACCACGCACAGGUCCCCAUUCAGCCUGUGACUGCUGCUGGCCCAGAGCACAGCAAGCCCUUGGAGAAGACAGAGAGUCUUUUUAACCAGGAGCGAGACCCGCGCUUCGGUGAGAUCUACGGCAGCAUCAGCACAGACCAGAGCAAAGCCCUUCCUGCCAGCACAGUGCCUGCCAACCAGCCCCUCUUCACCCAGGGAAACGCUUUCACCCCGUCGCGACCGGCUGAGAACUUCAGGAGCAGCAGCAGCAUGGUGCCUCCUGUCAGCAUCAUCCAGCAGCAGCAGCAGCCCUCGGCAGCCGGUCGCAUCCUGGCGCAGAUCUCGCGCCACCCCACCCCGGCUCAGGUCAGCGGCUCCAACUGGGCUCCCGGGACACGGCCGACGUUCACACCUCAGCAAGUGGCAUCCCAGGCAGUGAAGACUCGUCCCUCUUCCUUCAGCAUGGGGACAUUCCAGAGCACCCCGUCCUCCUUCAGCCCCAUGACAGCACCCGCAGCCUCUGCAGCUUCCCCCACCGGCGCCGCGUACCCCAACCUGGCCGGCCGUGGCACGGGCUUCACAGCCACGGAGACGACGCAGCCCCCCGGCCCCUUCCAGGCGCGGGCAGCCGACGGCGUGGGCAUGUGGCCACAGUGGCAAGGACAGCACCAUGGCCCAGCCUCAGGGGAGCAGCAUGUGCAGCCACCACAGCCCAGCCAGCCCGAGGUCUUCUCAGACAUGCUGACGAUGCUGGGAGAUCAAGGACCCAACUACAACAACGAGGAGUUCCCUGAGUUGAACAUAUUCCCUUCCUUUUCAGAAUAAACUAAGUCCCAGGGGCAGCAAAUCCCAGCUCUGUAUCACCCCUUGUGUAAAGGAAAACACCCAAGUCUUUCUCUUCAAAGACUGAUGAACUUUCUAAACACUUCCUACCUUCUGGAGGCAAAGCCCUGCCCACCAGCGUGCAGGAGGAGGAGGAGGAGGUGGUUUUGGGCAUCUCCUCAUGUGGUGCUACUGCCCAGGAGGUGUCAGGACUGGAGUGCUGGGAGAGCAGAGCAGAGCAGAGCAGCAGCCACGCUCUGAGCGAAGGCCCCGUGCUCCGGAGCCACUCACCCUCGGUCAGAGGGAUUCCUGUCUGGGUUCCAGACACUUCCCCCUCCAGACUCACCAGGUGGCUUUCACAGGUUUGAUUUUCAACCUUCUAUAUAUGUGACUCUCCUUUUUUUAAUUUCUAUAUAACACAGAAUAUUGUAACUUUUGGGUUUUAAACAUUGGAAGCUCUUCCAAGCGUUGUCACCCUGCCCGAGGCCAGGGGAGGCAUCCUGGCCGUGAGCCAGCUGCAAGCUGGGCCACCUUGGAGGACUGGCACCCUUCCCUCAGCCUGGCUGCUUGGUUUGAAGCACCUCAGGGUCACUUUGGAUGCCACCUCUCUGCCAUCAGCCAUGCAAUGAAGACAAGCCUGGUGUGACCUGUGACCUCCCUCCGAGGGACGAGAGUUACGAGCCAUCACAACCUGAUGCAGGUCUCUGUGGUCUGUGUGCAGCUGCUGUGGCCUCUAAGUCAACAUCUCAGCAGCCUUUUGGGCAGCUUCCAGGAGGAACAAGGGUUUUGUGCUGCCCAUGUACCAUCAGCCCACCUGGAUGCAGCUCCUUGCCUGCCUUUGCCAGCUGGAGCUCUGCUUGCCCGGGCAGGGAGGCUGCAGCUUUGCCCUGGGCUGUGCUGAGCACUUGCAUUCUCACUGCAGCCUCUCAAACUGCAGCAUUUGCUUUUCCUCACCAUCUCCUUAAGGAACAAUUCAGACCAGAUGCUGUCCCUGUCACCACAUCACAGGCUGGGAGCGGAGGGAGGUUUUUUUGACAUGUCUGGGGGUCUUUUUUUAACUUUCAACCUUGACUUUGAACCUUCUGGCUCCUCCAGUGGAAAAAACACCCCAAAACCUCCCUCUCUUCAGGGUGUGGAGGGGCUGGAAGAACAGUCUGAGGGGCAAGCCUUGCUUCAGUUGCAGCAGGACCUCGUGCUGGAGAUGGACUUGGAAGAAAAGAGGGACUUGGAAGGAAACUUGGCCCAGCUGCAGGAAUGGGAAGAAGCUUUGCUGGGAGCUGUUUGGGCUGGGAGGAGAUCUGGGCUUUUCCUCCCUCCUCCCUGUGGCUGUGGAGGUGCAGAGGGGCCUGGAGACCCCUCCCCAGCAGCUUUUGGAGCCAUACCCAGCAGCUGUGACCCCCUGCCCUUGCUGACUGUCACCUUUCAGCGCUUGUGGGGCCCCACAGAGGUUCCUCUUGGUGCAGGGGGGUCAAAAAGCAUUAUCUUUGUCCCCCUCCCUCUCCUGUUGCUCAAAUUGAAGGUUUGAAGUUCUUUUAGGGGUUUUCAAGCCCCAUUUCCAAAGUGACCCAGGGAAAGGGGCUCCCAGUGGUAACUGCACUGAGCCCCCCCUGUGCCCAGGCUCAGAGGUGAUGGGUUUGGGGUCUGACUCCUCCUUGCAGGGCUCAGGGCUUCCCCCUGGGGCUGGCAGUGCCCACUGCUCAGGGACACACGAAGCACUGAGGAGGAGGAGGAAGGUUCCCUGAGGAACUGGGCCUGUGCUCUGCCUCUUCCCCAGCUCUGUGCUGGGAGCCAGGCUGACCUGUGGUGCUUCCACCCUGCUCCAGGCCCUGCAGGGCUGCCAAGGGCCACCUUCCAGCUCUGUGUGUCCCCCCACCCCGGUUUGGGGUCCUGCUGUGGAUGAUUCCAGCUGCUGGGGAAGGGAGAAGCCAGUAACGGCGUGAGCUGGCAGGGGCUGAGGACCAGGGGGGAUGCUGAGAGGGGGCUCCAGGCCUCUCCCCUGGGGCUGAGGCUCGUUCCUGUCACCUCCCACGUGGGUAAUUGUGUCAUUUUCCAGUGCUGGGGGGUUGUUUCAGCGUGCAGGGGCUGGGCAGGAGCGGGGUGGCUGUGGUUGUGCCCGGCUGCCUCCUGCAGGGCUCCCACAGAUGAUUUUAUGUAGCAGAGAUUUUACAACAAGAUAUUUUCCCUUUGGUUUA